GGAGCAGGAAGUGUCCCAGGGGAGGGAGCCGGAGGGCUCCGGCCUUUCCUUUCGGCGGCAGCCCGGCCUGCGCGGCCCGCCAACCGGGUCGCACCGUGGCGGCGGCUCCAUUGGCUCCCCAGCCGAGCCGUAGCAUUCUGGAUGAUCUGGGACCGUAUUUGGACUGGCCAGAGACGGAGUCUGCUCCCUGCGGAGGACCCGCCUCGACAGGGCCACCCAGGAGAUAGAGCUGGAAGGAUGAGGAGCUGCUGUUACUCUGGACUUGCAAGCUGCGAGCUUAUUUUAUAAAGUUCUCAAGAGCCAGGACAGUGACUUCAACUCCAGAGCAUGAAGAUAGUGGCCUGCUUUGUACAUCUGUCCAUCUUUGGUUCUCUCCAGAAGGACCUGGCCCCCAAAGGGCUUCUCCAAAGGGCUGGUCUCUGUGGGCUUUGUCUGCCACCACCCAGAAACGACCUCAGGAAACCAGAGCAUUGAAGCCAGCGAUUUCUGUUUGGAAAUAGGGUCGUCUUCUGCCGCUGACCUCCAUCAAAUCCCAUCAUGCCCACAGCCCUAUGCCCCCGAGUCUUGGCUCCGAAGGAAAGUGAGGAGCCCAGGAAAAUGAGAAGCCCUCCUGGAGAGAACCCUACCCCUCAGGGGGAGCUUCCGAGCCCCGAGUCCUCCCGGCGCCUGUUCCGCCGCUUCCGCUACCAGGAGGCUGCAGGUCCUCGGGAGGCUUUGCACCGCCUCUGGGACCUGUGCCGGGGCUGGCUGCGGCUGGAGAGGCACACCAAAGAGCAGAUCCUGGAGCUCCUCGUGUUGGAGCAGUUUCUAGCCAUCCUACCAUGGGAGAUCCAGAGCUGGGUGCGUGCCCAGGAGCCCGAGAAUGGCGAGCAGGCCGUGGCUGCAGUGGAGGCACUGGAACGGGAGCCAGGGAGACCUUGGCAGUGGCUCAAGCACUGUGAAGACCCUGUGGUGAUCGAUGAUGGGGAUGGCCCUCUGGACCAAGAGCAGGAGCGGUUACCAAUGGAACCCCAGAAUGACCUCACAAAGAGCCAGGAUGCUCAGCCUGCAGCUCUGACACAGGGCCUAGGGCUCCUAAGUAGAGCACCAGGCCAGCUCUGCGAAGACCCAGUUCCUCAGGAUGUUGUCCUUCAAGAGGAGAGUAUGAGGGAUGCCCAGCCAGUGACUACCUGCCAACUGCCCCUGAACCGGGUUUCUCCAUUCAAGGACAUGAUCCUAUGCUUCUCUGAAGAGGACUGGUCCCUUCUAGACCCUGCUCAGACUGGCUUCUACGGAGAGUUCAUCAUUGGGGAGGACUAUGGGGUCUCAAUGCCUCCAAAUGAAGCACCAGCCCAGCCAGAUCUUUCCCAGGGAGAGGAGAAUGAACCACAGGUUCCAGAGUUUCAGGAUCUCCAGGACAAAGAAGGGCCUCAGGUCUCCUAUUUGGACUUUCCCAGUCUUCAGCCAUUCCAGGUGGAUGAAAGAAAGAAGUGGGAAGAGCUACAAGUGUCAGCUCCCCAGGCCUGUCAGCAAGUGAUGCUCAAUCAAAGCAACUGCCCAGCUGGAGGUGACUCAUCCUCCCCAUCCUUGAAGAACAGCCUCGACCAGGAAGUGACCAUAGAGAUUGUCCUGUCCAGCUCUGGGGAUGAGGACUCCCAGCAUGGCUCGUACUGCACAGAGGAGCGGAGGAGCAGCCCAGAGAAGCAGCCCAGCCUUCCUGCCUCUCGUCGGAGCAGCGCUGAGGUGGGGGGUGAAGUGCAGACCUCCCAAAAGUCCUACGUGUGUCCCAACUGUGGGAAGAUCUUUCGCUGGAGGGUCAACUUCAUACGGCACCUGCGGAGCCGCAGGGAGCAGAAGCCGCACGAGUGCUCGGUGUGCGGGGAGCUGUUCAGUGACAGCGAGGACCUGGACGGGCACCUGGAAACCCACGAGACCCCAAAGCCCUACAGGUGUAGCGUCUGUGGGAAGAGCUUCCGCCUCAAUGCGCACCUGCUCUCGCACAGGCGGAUACACGUGCAGCCAGACAGACUGGAGCCAGUGCAGAAGAGAGAGGAAGACGCGUCGGAGAGCGAGGGUACCGAGCCCCUGCUAGAAAAGAGCAAGGCCAAGCCGAGCGUGCAGUGCCGUGACUGUGGGAAGGGCUUCCAGCGGCAGGACCAGCUGCUCAGACACCGCAGCACCUUCCACCUGAAGGAUGAGGCGCGUCCCUUCCGGUGUCGGUACUGCGUGAAGAGCUUUGUGCAUAACUACGAUCUCCUCCGCCAUGAGCGCCUGCACAUGAAGCGGCGUUCCAAGCAGGCCCUGAACUCCUACUGAGCCCCGCACUAGGUGCAGCCCCACUCAGAGUGGUCACUUGCCCCACAUGCACUACGCACCUGCCCCAGGACAGACACUGCAGCUCCUUCUGCCUUUUGCUCUCAGGUAGUGUCCGACUUCUGGUGCCAUGGGAGUCCCCUUCCUCCCUAGACAAGGAGAGUGGCCUAACCAGCCUUCCUUCCGAUUCUGCUGUGCCAAAAACCAGGGGAGUCAUGUCGCUACCAGCUUUAGCAUACUCCAUAUGUGUGUCUUAACAGACCCUCCCUCUAGUAUUCCCUAGAUCCUGGGGGGUGGGGGGUGGCUGCCCCCUACUUCAGUUGACCCCCUCAGUGAUUGCUAACCAUUCCUCAGCAUAUUCUCUUCCAGCAUACUCCCUUCUAUCCUCCCCUGUUUGAACAUCUUCCCCUGGCUCUAGGGUUGCUGCAUUUCCUGUCUGGCAGUGAGAAGCUGACAGUGGGAUGAUAGGCUGACAGGAAGACAGUGUGGGACUAGGACACAGUAGAGAGCAGGGCCAAAUACACUGAGCUAUAUCCUGUUACCAGAAACCAGUGCCAACCCACCCUGUCCACAGGAUUACCCCACAGAUCCGAGACUAUCAUUAGGCCUUUGGGCUUGGAGUCUGUGUGUAGGGGGGCCCAGAUCUCCUUGGAGUGGGAGAGAGACAUAGACCUUUUCAUUUGCUCUGGCAGCUGAGUAUUACGGAUGGGGUGCUCAUUCCAGGCAAAGCUCCCAUUUUAAACUUGUCUACCUACUCCAACCUAUCCUUUUCUUUUAAUCCUGAAGGUCCUUAGGAAAUGUGUGGUAGAAGUUGAGUUGUCAUGGCCCUGUUCCUCCCCUGUUCUGUCUGGGGCCGUGUAGCUCAGUCCUGGAGAAGGGCUCUUCUGCUGAACAGAAGGUCCUGUGAAGUCAUGUCCUACAUAGAUACUGACUUGGAGACUGGCUGGGGUAGUUUCCUACCAGUGUUGUACCAUGGUAGCAAACAACAGGAGACUAUACUUGGACUCGGCUGCAUUUCCAGAGUCAGGUGUUAGCAAGGCUGGUUCUUUGUGAGGAUAUGAGGGAGAAUUGGUCUUGUCCCAGGUUUGUUGGUUUGUAGUCACAUUACACCCUUUUCCUUCAUGUGCACACAGCAGUUCUCCAUGUGUGUCUGUCUCCAUAUUUCCCUUUUGGAUAAGGAGACCAGUCCCUGGCUCAGGGCCCAUCCUACCUGUGCCAGUAUAACCUUUUCUGUAUUUGCAGUGACCAUUUCCUAAAGUCCCAUUCUGAGGUACUAGGGGUCAGGACUUGAACCUUGGGAUUUUGAGGACACAGUUCAAGCCACAACUCCAUAUAACAUCAUGGCACUGUUGUUGGUCCUGAUUCAGAUGAGCCAGUACAAGCUUCAAUUGACUUGUUUGCCAUUCCAACAAAGGUAGGAUCCAAACCCAAUAAUUCUCAUUCAGGGCUGCUAUUGUUAGGAUGGAAGAAUCUUCAUAACCUUUAGAGAUCAAAUCCUGGGGUUCUGGACUGUGAGUGACAUAGUAGGUAGUAAGACCUCAAGCAAUCAAAAACACGGUCUUAAUUAUUCUGACAGACUGGUGAAGUGGGCCAGGCUUCGUGAUGACAAGGCGUCGAGGCUUGGGUAUAGCUGUGGCUGGACCUGAACACUGUAACCAGGCUGCUCCUUUGUGUUCUGUGGCAGACAGGAAGCCUGGGAAGAUGAAUUUAAGGCUCCUGGUGCUCUUUGUCACUUGAUUUUCAUGUCAAGAAGCCUCUACCCAAACUGAAAGAGUUAUAUGAUUUUAUAACUAAAUUUCUAUUUCUGAGUAGCUGCAUCUAUAUACCCAGGAAUAGUAAAUGCAAUAAAAUUAUUUGGUCCUACUUGGAACAUGAAAUAAACUGCUAAAUGU